AUUUAAACCCCCUCCCCCCAUUCCCAAACCAACACCCUCAAUCUCCCACAUGCACGUCUGUUAAACAAGAAAGAAAAAUAUGGGUAGUAACACUAGUUACACUACCACAUUGUUGAUUACAGCUGUUUUGGUGUUAGUUAUUGGGACCGCCGUUAACGUUAACGCCUGCCCGCCGUCAGAUAGGGCAGCGUUACUGGCUUUCAAAGCUGCCUUACACGAGCCUUACUUGGGCAUCUUUAAGUCAUGGACGGGUAACGACUGUUGUAACAAAUGGUACGGCGUUAGUUGUGACCCGGUUACUAAACGGGUUGCUGACAUAAACCUACGUGGAGAGUCCGAAGACCCGAUUUUCCAACGCGCGCAUCGGACCGGGUACAUGAACGGGUCCAUUUCUCCAGCUAUUUGUAAUCUUAAAAGGCUAUCCAGUGUAAUUAUCGCCGACUGGAAGGGUAUUUCCGGAAGAAUACCUAAAUGCAUCACAUCUCUUCCGUUUCUUCGUAUUUUAGAUCUCAUCGGAAACCGAAUCUCCGGCGAGAUUCCGUUCGAUAUCGGAAAACUCAAGCGGUUAUCGGUUCUCAACGUCGCCGAUAACCGGAUCUCCGGUAGAAUGCCGAGAUCUAUCGCUAACCUGCAGUCGUUAAUGCAUCUAGAUCUACGUAACAAUUUGAUUUCCGGAACUAUACCUAUAAACUUCGGGAAGCUUCGGAUGCUCAGCCGUGCUUUAUUGUCCGGAAACCGGAUCUACGGUCAGAUUCCGUACACGAUAUCCUACAUCUACCGUCUCUCAGAUCUAGAUCUCUCGUUAAACCGGAUCUCCGGUUCAAUUCCUGAAUCUCUCGGUAAAAUGGCGGUUUUAGCGACAUUAAACCUUGACGGAAACAGAAUUUCCGGUAAGUUACCGGCUACGUUGAUGAAUUCAAGCAUUAGCAUAUUAAAUUUAAGCAGAAAUGCUAUUGAAGGCAACAUACCUGACGUGUUCGGGCCUAGAUCUUACUUCAUGAUGAUGGAUUUGAGUCAUAAUAAUCUGAAAGGACCGAUACCGAAGUCGAUAGCGUCGGCGUCGUAUAUCGGACACCUUGAUCUGAGUUAUAAUCAUCUCUGUGGAGCGAUUCCGGCGGUUUCGUGGUUCGAGCAUCUUGAAGCGUCGUCGUUUGUUAACAAUGACUGUUUGUGUGGAAAGCCUCUGAAGAGUUGUUGACUGUGUUGUUAGUUUACUUGAUGGUUCUCCGUUCUCCGGUGGCUUAUCGGUGAAAUUGACGGGAGUUUGUUGGAGUUCCGGUGGCCGGACGGGAGGUUUAUGAAGUACGUAGAUAUAGUGUGACGUGGCGAAGGAGGGAAAAGAGAUUUGAAGUGGGUCACGUUAUUAUUAAAAAUAUUAAUGCGUAUCCAUUGAUUGUACUUAUGGUAUAUUAAAAAUAUGUUGUGAUUAUUAAAUAUGUAUGUCACGUUUUUAAUUAUGUAAAAGUACGCUGAAAUAUUCGUCCCUUCGUUGUCUUUUUAUAACGUUUCGUGUGUGUAUAAGUGAAUGGAUAUAUGUUAAUGUUUAGCUGAAUUUAUUAUUAUUA